ACCAAGGCAAAUGUCAAAAUUUUUGGUACGAGGAAUAAAUUUUUCCGCUUAUUUUUCAAUCAUAACUAAAUGAAAUUUGGCUCUGCUUAAAUUAUUAAACUAUUUUUCUUCCAAAUUAAAUGCAACAAUAACAAUAAAACCUGGCUAAUAUUGUUAGCUAGAAAAUAGCCAUAAGUAUUGCAAAAUAGGAGGCCGUGUUUACAUUAUUAUUAUCGUUCAAACGCACUUAUCAAAAACGCCGUAACUUCUCAUUAUCACACUCAAAACACGAAAUACUUCGUGGUUUCGCUCGUCUGGUUAAUAAAGCUGAGUACAACUGAGUAAACGGAGCGAGUGUCAAGAUAAAAAUCAGAAGGCACAACGUCAAGAGUCUACACCUAAACGCUUGAAGCUAGGUAUUUGUCGUCCCAACAGUUCAGUUGUCGUCGCCACUUUGCUCGCGUUAAACGUGCCACUUCCAAUUGACACAGAAACAGUUUGAUAACUGUUGACCAAAAAAAAAAGGAAAAAAUAUUACGCACGCAGCGAACGGAAGUUAUUGCGUACAAUAUAAUAUUCUAAAUAAGCAUAUAUUUCUUUAAGAAAAUAAUACAUUAUGUCCGACAAAAUCAGCGUUUGCAUUGUAGGCUCUGGAAAUUGGGGUUCUGCAAUUGCUAAAAUUGUGGGUGUAAACUGUGCUACCCUGCCACAAUUCGAAAAAUGUGUGACAAUGUACGUUUAUGAAGAGAUGAUCGACGGCAAAAAGCUGACUGAAAUCAUAAAUACUACCCAUGAAAAUGUUAAAUAUUUGCCAGGACAUAAAUUGCCAGAGAAUGUGGUUGCUGUGCCCGAUCUAAUUGACGCCUGCAAGAAUGCCGACAUACUCAUCUUCGUCGUGCCACAUCAGUUCAUUCCGAACUUCUGCAAAACACUUUUGGGCAAAAUCAAGCCCAAUGCCGUUGCCAUUUCACUCAUCAAAGGUUUCGAUAAGGCCGAGGGUGGUGGCAUCGAUCUGAUUUCCCACAUCAUUACCCGCCAUUUAAAGAUUCCUUGCUCUGUGCUGAUGGGCGCCAAUUUGGCCAAUGAAGUGGCACAGGGUAAUUUCUGUGAGACCACCAUUGGUUGUCAGGACAUCAAGUAUGCCAAAACACUGCGUGAUCUCUUCCAAUCGCAAAACUUCCGCGUGGUUGUGGUAGACGACUCUGAUGCCGUUGAAGUUUGUGGUGCGCUCAAGAACAUUGUUGCCACCGGCGCUGGCUUUGUCGAUGGUCUAGGUUUGGGUGAUAACACUAAAGCGGCGGUUAUCCGUUUGGGUCUGAUGGAAAUGGUACGAUUUGUGGAUGUCUUCUACCCAGGCAGCAAAUUGUCGACGUUCUUCGAAAGUUGCGGCGUUGCUGAUCUGAUCACCACCUGCUAUGGUGGCCGCAAUCGUCGCGUUGCUGAGGCUUUCGUAAAAACCGGCAAAACUAUUGCGGAACUAGAAACCGAGAUGCUCAAUGGCCAGAAAUUGCAGGGUCCACCCACGGCUGAGGAAGUGAAUUACAUGUUGAAAAAUAAGGGCUUGGAAGACAAAUUCCCACUCUUUACGGCCAUUCACAAAAUCUGCACAAAUCAAUUGAAAGUUCAAGAUUUAAUUGAUUGCAUACGUAAUCAUCCCGAGCACAUGCAAAAUCUCUAAAUAAAUAUGUAUGUAAGCGGUUUAUAAUGCAAAUGCAUGACAUGUACUAGACACACACACACACACACGCAUACACAAAAAUAAGUAUAUACAAUACGUAGAUGAUAACUGUUGAGAAACGCAAAAAUAAUAUGUGUGACAAAAAAAAAACGAGAAAUAACGGCACUGCACAUUUAAUCAAGCAAAAAAAAAACUAAAAACUAAAGAAAACUGCAAAUUAAUGCAUUUGAACAAUUUUAAAAUUCUCUCUUUUAAUUACUUAAAUGAAUGUGUUAAUUUUAAAGCCAUGCCACUAAACCUGAAGCGUUGUGCCUAGUGCCCGGUACCUUGAAGCUGCAGCGCAUACAACUGUGAAUUGUUUUUAACGCCUAAAAACCAAAAAACCAGUGAAAUGGCCAGUAAAUCCACGAGCAUCCAAAUUCAAGGCUUAAAUAUUUUAAUAAAAAAAUCAUUAAACAAAAAUAAAAAAUUUAAAAUAAAAUAAAAAUUAAAAAUAAAAUAAAAAUACCAAAAAAAUAAAAAAUAAUAAUAAAACAAAAAUUUAAAAUAAAAUAAAAAUUUAUAAUAAAAUAAAAAAAAAAUAAAAAUAUAAAUCCAAAAAAAAAAAUAAUAAAAAUUAAAAAUAAAUAUCGAUGAAAAUGAUGGUGCUGUUAAACGGUAGCUGAGUAGACGAUGCAGAUACACACACAUACAUAUAUACACAGCGUUAGAGUUAGCAGUUAAAUUGCACAAAAAUAGCCUAACUCCACUUUACGUAUUUAGACAAAAACUAAAUAAUAACAAAAACAAAUAAAAGACACUGACUUCUUCAGUUGCUCUGCACACAGUCAACUU